UCGCGAUUUACGCAUUCAAGUAAAGUCAUGUGCAUUUGCUACGUUGGAAGAUUCAAUGAUCCGAGAUCAAAUUGUUUAUGGAAUUACAAACAAGAAACUGCGCCAACGGCUCCUCAGAGAGACUGACUUAACCGUGGAUAAGGCAGUUACUAUGUGCCGAGCGAGUGAAAUAGAGACACUUCGCAGCCUCACGUUCGAAGAAAAAGAGAAGGGGGUUGACAAGGUAAAUGCAGCGCGGAACUGGACCCGAGAACAACACAGUGACCGGGGUGCGGAUCGUCGGUGCGGGAACUGCAACUUCGUUCAUCGUCAUGGCACCUGCCCUGCUUUUGGAAAGAUUUGUCGACGUUGCCAGAAGUACAACCACUUUGCUUCCUACUGCCGAGCAGCAGUGAAUGACAUAAGUGCCGCGCCUGUUGAGGACAGCAUAGAAGAGUUUUCCGUCCUCGAGAUCGGCAGCUGCACAUCGCAAGGGCCAGACUGGAUCAUCUCAGCACAUGUAUCCGGACAUCCUAUUUCCUUUAAGGUUGACACCGGAGCACAGGCUAAUUUGCUGCCGAGAUCCUGGGUGCAGCGAAAUGUGCCCAGCGCCGAAGUUCGGCAUACCAGCGCGAGACUACGAAGUUACAGCGGAGGAGUAAUCGCACACUGUGGGGUCACUACGCUGCAGAUGGCAUAUAAUGGGAAUACGGAUCCCGUGCAGUUCUUUGUUGCAAAAAAAGCGCGGACACCAAUCCUCGGCCUCUCAGCAUGUGAACAAUUCAAACUCAUCAGCCGAGUUGGCGCUGUGCUUCAAAUGACUGACGAAGGAAGAAAGAUGUUGAACGACUUCCCCCGUGUUUUCCGGGGCCUGGGGUGCGUCAACCGAACGUACAAAAUGGAGCUUAAAGAAGGGACGGUUCCUGUGGUACAGCCAGCUCGUCGAAUACCGCAUGCUCUUCGACGACCGGUAGAACAGGAGCUUCACCGCCUGGUUGACGCAGGAAUCCUAAGGAAGGCCGACGGCCCAACUGACUGGGUUAGUCCAAUGGUCAUAGCACGAAAGAAGAACGGACAGCUGCGACUUUGCCUGGACCCGAGGCGCAUAAAUGAGCACUUAAAACGGGAACACUAUCAGUUACCAAAACGAGAGGACAUCCAAGCGGAACUUGCCGAUGCGCGGGUUUUUUCCACCUUAGACGCCAAUUCGGGAUAUCACCAGAUUCCCCUCGACGAAGAAACCGCCAAGAUUUGUACUAUGGGCACGCCGUUUGGACGAUAUCACUACCUCAGGCUCCCGUUUGGUAUAUCAUCAGCCCCCGAAGUUUUUCAGCAGACUAUGGCCAACAUAUUUGAAGGAUUACUCGGUGUUAGAGUCUACAUCGACGACAUUCUAGUCUGGGGUAAGACGCAGCAGGAACACGACGAACGCUUACGCGCGGUACUGAUUCGGGCACAGGAGCAGCACCUGACACUUAAUCUGGAAAAAUGCAAAUUUUCCAGAACGGAAGUAGACUUUCUGGGUGACGUCAUCUCCAGCGAGGGGAUAAGACCCAGUCCGCAGCUCAUCAGCAGUGUACAAGAGUUUCCGCACCCAACUGACAAGAAACAACUACAUCGAUUUCUAGGACUGAUAAACUACUUUGGAAAGUACAUACCAGACCUAGCUACAAAAACAGAACAACUGAGAGCCCUGCUCCGGGAAGACAGCAUUUUUGAAUGGAGCCGAGCGACUGAGAAAGAAUGGUCGCAUCUUAAGCAAGCACUCACUACGGCCCCUCUCCUAGCUCUGUUUGACCUGCACAAGCCCACUAAGGUGGCCACCGAUGCAUCGAGGGUAGGCCUGGGAGCAGCACUCUUUCAGAAACAUCAACAGGGAUGGCGUCCAGUGGCUUAUGCUUCUCGGGUACUGUCUGAAUCAGAAACCCGCUAUUCCCAGAUAGAAAAGGAAGCACUUGGAAUUGUAUUCGGCAUGGAAAAGUUCCACGACUUCGUCUACGGCAGACAGAUACUGGUGGAGACGGACCAUAGACCACUGUUAGCAAUUUCGAAGAAGGCCAUCGGUGAUAUGCCACCGAGACUCCAGCGUUUUUUCUUGCGCUUGAUGAGGUACGAUUUUCAGUUGCUUUACGUCCCGGGAAAAAACUUGAUCGUCCCCGACGUGCUAUCACGGGCCCAUGGAAAUAACUCAGAGUCCGCCCAUGUAGCCUGCAAUGACGUCGAAGUCCAUGCUAUCGAGACUCGCAAGAGCCUUGUUAGUGAAGCAACAGCAGCACGAAUAGCCCUUGAAACUGCGAAGGACUCCACACUGCGUAACAUUAUGGAGCAACUGGAAAACCACCAACCCAUCAUGGGAGAGUUCAAGACAGUGCAGUCUGAACUGACCGUGGUUGAUGGGCUUCUGUUCAAAGGCACGAAGGUUGUAAUACCGACAAGCAUGAGAUCAGAGAUGCUUCAGCGAAUUCAUGAUGGACACCUCGGUAUUAAUAAAUGCUUGACAAGGGCUCGCCAGCUGGUAUUUUGGCCCGGUCUCAGCGGAGACAUAAAGUCACUGAUCAAACGAUGUGCCACCUGCCAGGAGUUCUCUUACCAGCAGGCCCAGGAGCCAUUAGUAAUGAGACAAGUACCCUCCCGUCCAUGGCAACGAAUUGGAGUCGACUUGUGCCAGUACGCCAGAAAGUCUUUUCUAGUUGCCUACGAUGCGUACUCGAACUUCCCGGAAGUUGAACAGCUAGACAACACGAGUGCACACACCGUGGUGGAAAAGCUAGGAAGUAUAUUCGCACGGCACGGGAUUCCGUUGGAGGUGUGCACUGAUAAUGGCCCACAAUUCACAUCCCAAGACUUCCGUCAGCUGGCAAAGCUAUACGACUUCACGCACACAACGUCGAGCCCGUAUUUUCCAAGUUCAAACGGCUUGGCAGAAAAAGGAGUUCAAGUGGUUAAACGCAUUCUACAGAAAUCCAUGAGAAAUGGGGACGACUUUUGGCUCGGCCUACUAGCUUAUCGCGUGACGCCACUUGAAGACGGAAGAUGCCCGAGCGAAUUGUUAAUGGGACGUCGGUUGCGGUCCCGCGUACCGGACUUUUCGCAGGACGUACCACCACCAGUGUGGAAAAGGACGCAGCCACCCAAGCAAUCUCCGGCAUUAACGGCUCUACAGGAGGGGGACACAGUCCGCGUACGCGAAGGUAAUCGCUGGGCCCUCAAGGCGAAGCUGCAGAGCCAAGUUGCCCCGCGGUCUUACAACGUGGUGACACAGGAUUACCGAGUUCUUCGCCGUAACCGCAGGCACCUACUCAAAACGAACGAGCCAUAUCUGCCUGACCCAGAGGGCCCGGAAUGGGACGACGACUUUGGCGAAGUUCCGGCUGGCGCGGCUACAGCGCCAUCCGACAGUCGACCGUCGUCACCUGCUCUACACCACACACCUUCAGCGCCAGCCUCGACCUCCACAGGACAGCGUCCCACUCGGCAGAGACGACAACCCAACAGGCUGUGUUAUGAUGAAAACUUUAAGCAGCACAGCUGA